AUGACGGAAUUAAAAGAAAAUAAAGUAUUAAUUGUUGGAGGUGGUUUAGGUGGUUUAAUUCUUGCAAAUGGUUUGCAAAAACACGGUACGAAUCAGAUCAAUGUACAAGUGUUCGAAAGAGAUCAAACUCCGGAUACAAGAUCACAAGGUUAUAUCAUUGGCUUGAAACCAAACGGUAUUGAAGCAAUCAAGGAAUCAGUAUCAGAGGAGAAGUUCACAAGAAUCGAAAAACUAUUCAAACCUGGCCAAUUUGUCAUUUCCGAUAGGAAUUUGAAUGUUCUUAUGAACCUUUCAAGUGGAAAUACAAUCAAUCGUGGUGAAUUAAGAAAGAUCUUGAUGGAAGGCAUCGAUAUCAAAUUUGGUAAAAGACUGAGAACCUACGAGGAGAAUGAACACGGUGUCUCUGCUACCUUUGAAGACAAUACUUCGGUGGAAGGUGAUAUCCUGGUUGGAGCAGAUGGUGUCAAAUCAGCUGUAAGACAAAAGAAGAUACCGGAUUUCAAAUUCGCCAAUGUCAAUGUAUAUAGGAUUCAAGCAUUGAUUCCGAAUGUCGAUGCGGAAAUCUUUAAAGCUAUAUUCCCAACAGAGAAUGGCAUUAUCAUUAAAACUCUUGGCAAUGUUAAGAAUACUAUUAUCUUUGGAAGAAUCAAAACUUUUCAGGAAGCUAUUAGCUUUGGUUUGGAGAAAGAAGAGGAUGACGAGGAGAUCGAUGAAGAUGAACAAGAAGAAGCUCAGAAAUCAGGUGAAAUGAUAUUGGUCAACUAUGAAUGGAGACCAGAACCAAACACCCCACUCCCACAAAGUAAAGAACAGCUGUUGGAGUGUAUGCGUAAAGGAACACAGUCGUUUAAUCCAUUGGUAAUUAAACUUUUCAAUGAACUUGCCAAGCCUGAACAUCUGAUCGAAACGAAACCUGUUGAACUUACACAAGCUGAACCCUAUGCCAAACAACCAACUUCCAGAGUAACUUUACUUGGAGACAGUGCUCAUGCUAUGACUUCGCAUGCUGGUAUUGGUGCAAAUACUGCAAUGAAGAGUGCCUCAGAUUUGGCACAUACAUUGGUCGAUAUUUUCAUUAACAAGAAACCAUUCAUCGAAACAUUGGAAGCUUACGAGAAACAAAUGAUCACUCGUGGAUUCCAAGCAAUUGAUAUUAGUAGAUCCAACACUGAGAGAAUGCAUAGUAGUAAUGUAGGUGUAAUAGGUGAAGCUAUUAGAAAUACGAUGAUGAAAUUUAUUGUUAAAUUAGUAGAUUGGGGAGUAAUUAAACUUCCAAACUAA